CCAAAACAGAAAAGUUCUAAAAGGAUUUGUUAUUUGUUUCAUUUUAAAAUUGGUUCUAGAAUUUUUCAGCUAAUUGCUUAGUUACCAUGAAAUUAAUGCUGCAUUUUUCUAACCCGUUUGGUUCUGUGAUGUAUGAGAGGACAUUUUCAACCUGCAGAGGAUAUCUCUACAACAUCUUUACAAAAAACGAGGUGAUUCCUGGAUAGAGGAGCGGAGUGAAGACAGACCACCAGGAAGAUGUCGUCACUGGAAGAGAACCAGGCCUGCAAAGAAGAGGAGAAAGUCGAAAAAGAACCGAGUGUGACACCAGUGCAUCAACCUUGCAUCAACAAGAAGAAGAAGAAGAAGAGGCUGCACUGCUGUGACCAGUGUGACAAGAGCUUUGCUUAUCCAUCAAAGUUAAAAUGUCACCAACAUGUCCACACAGGAGAAAAGCCAUUUCCCUGUGAGACCUGUGGGAAACGUUUUACUAUGUCAGGAAAUCUGAAACGGCACCAGCUGGUCCACACAGGAGAAAAGCCAUUUCCCUGUGAGACCUGUGGGAAACGUUUUUUGGUUAAAGAGGAUCUGACAAGACACCAGUGGAUUCAUACUGGAGAAAAGCCAUUUCCCUGUGAGACCUGUGGGAAACGUUUUACUUUGUCAGGAAAUCUGAAACGGCACCAGCUGGUCCACACAGGAGAAAAGCCAUUUCCCUGUGAGACCUGUGGGAAACGUUUUUCGGUUAAAGGGGAUCUGACAAGACACCAGUGGAUUCAUACUGGAGAAAAGCCAUUUCCCUGUGAGACCUGUGGGAAACGUUUUACUAUGUCAGGAAAUCUGAAACAGCACCAGCUGGUCCACACAGGAGAAAAGCCAUUUCCCUGUGAGACCUGUGGGAAACGUUUUUUGGUUAAAGGGGAUCUGACAAGACACCAGUGGAUUCAUACUGGAGAAAAGCCAUUUCCCUGUGAGACCUGCGGGAAACGUUUUACUAAGUCAGGAAAUCUGAGACAGCACCAGCUGGUCCACACAGGAGAAAGGCCAUUUCCCUUUGAGACCUGUGGGAAACGUUUUUUGGUUAAAGGGGAUCUGACAAGACACCAGUGGAUUCAUACUGGAGAAAAGCCAUUUCCCUGUGAGACCUGUGGGAAACGUUUUACUAAGUCAGGAAAUCUGAAACGGCACCAGCUGGUCCACACAGGAGAAAAGCCAUUUCCCUGUGAGACCUGUGGGAAAUGUUUUACUACGUCAGGAAAUCUGAAACGACAUCAGCUGGUCCACACAAGAGAGAAGCCGUAACGUGUGUUUGUGACCAGAACUAGAACAGUUGUCGGGUCACCACCAACAUAUCCCCUUUAAUGUCACCAGGAGUAAAAUCGAUUUUAAUGUGUUGAACUUUCAAAGACAUUGUUUGAAUAAUAUUACUUUGCAUUCAACUCAAUGUGUGGAGUUUUCUUUUAGAUGUAUACACUAAACAAUGCUUAUCUUUGAGUAACUAAACGUUCUAAAAUGUC